AAGCGAUGGCGACCGAGGUAUGGGCGAAGGUGGUGCGACCGCCGAUCUCGACCCUGAUCCCGACGCCUCAAGGAUAGGGACGUGGACAUCGACUCCCGAUUCCGAACCCGACCUCGAGCCCGACCUCGACCUCGAUCUCGACCCGGAUGCGAUAGGCUCAGAGGGGCCGCCUUCGAAAAGACCGUUCGGUCGGAGUGGCGAAGAUGGAGCGGGGGAGGACGAGAGCACAAUCUUGUGACAUCGGCUAGGGCCUGUGCGGUAGACAACCAUCCUAUUGUUCGAGAUAGGAGAUGGCGAAGGACAUGGCGAAGGACAUGGCGAAGGAGGAGGCGAGGAGAGGAAGAGGGGCUCCUUGCUUUUGCCCUGGUCGGUAUUCUUCUCGACAGCCUUCCCUUUGCCCUUGUCCAACGCCUCGACAGCCUUCCCUUUGCCCUUGUCGGCUCGACGGUUCGGCCUCGCUUUGUUUUUCGUGGUCGACGAGGGUCCGCCAAUAUGGACACCGGCAAACAGGCUAGCUGCGGUGCUAGCACCUGGGAGCCUAUUCAAAGAGGGAGCUCGGACGUAGUGAUUCACCUCGAGAUUCUCUUCUUGAUGUCGGCCACGUUUUUCCUUGGAAGAUACGGUAUACGCGUCAUCAUCGCCGAUCGUGCGGUCAAGGUGUUGUCUGACGAGAUCGCAAGCGAUCUGGACUUGGAUAUCCAUGGGGGAGGCAUCGUCCGAUGUGUUGAGGAAGUAGCUGACCCUCAGAUGAGGUCGGGGAAGAUAGUCUCGUACGCGUCUCCUUCCCGAGGAAGUCUGGACAGGCCCAUCAGCUUCGUAGGUGAUCUCAAAGGGUUGCGUUAUGCCAGGGGUACUAGCUAUAGCCCGAGCAAACCUUUUGAUGUCGGGGGUUUCGGUCAGGAGGUCCACGUAGAUCGCACCGGUGACCUGUUCAGGGGUCUCGUAAAACACCCUCAGAGCGCUGCCAUGACGAGUGAAUCUGCGUCUCGCCACCAAGACGUAAAGGUCCUUCCGAUCAUCGCUGUCGACAUGAUAGGCCACACGGACUCGAGGUACAUCGUUGUGUUCCGGCCUCACUACGAUAUGAGCCACACCCUUGAGGCUCAGUCCUGGUAAGGCCAAGUCGUCCUGUACCUGUUUGAGAAGACGGUUUCCCGCCUCCUCGCGGGCGUAGGAAUCUCCCGCCUUCUCGCGGGUGAAGGAAUCGUCCAGGUCUUUGGGAACCUCUUCCCGAUCAGUCCAGAUGUAGACGUCGGAAGUGUCGGGGACGCAUCGAAGAGUAAUGUUGUGGGCGGUAACGAGGUCGCGCAUGAUUCAGGAUUGACGAUUGUGUGCGUGCGGGUGCGGGUAUGUGUGGUGAGGAAGGGUCUGACGAUGAUGUCGUCCGGAUGGGUCGAUUGUGUGAGGUGUGUGUGAAUCUUGAGAGGUCGAGUCGUGCCGUGCAGGCGAAGAACGAAGAGUAAGAGAGCCGAGUGAGAUCUAGGUCCAAGGCUUAGGGAGGCCAGGGGGAAGGAAGAAUGUCGUCCCGAAAGAGCUGAACCACGC